GUGUGUAUCCCUCCUGUGUUACACCUGGAGCCCAGCCAUCUCACCGUGCAGCUGGGAGAGAGUCUCAGAGUGGCCUGUCAGGCCUCUGGAUACCCCCGGCCCCUGGUCACCUGGAGAAAGAUCUCAAUGGGCAGGGCACUGCUAGGGCCCAGAGGACUGCUGCAGGAGCUGGGAGGAGAGGGGGUGAAGAGGAGACAGGAGCUGGGAGGAGAGGGGAUGAAGAGGAGACAGGAACAGGAGCAGGGAGGAGAGGGGGACAUGAGGAGACAGGAAAGAGGAGGAGGGGUAGCAAGGGAUGUGCGGGGGCCAGUUGGCGUGGCGACCGAGGAGGAAGUGGAGGGGGGAGAGAGGGAGAGCUUCGACCCAGACACAGGAAGUGGAAUGCUGUACCUAAGCAACGUGACGGUGGCUCACGCCGGGCACUACGUGUGCGAGGCCUUGAACCCUGGGGGCGUGGCCCAUAUGACCUUUCACCUCGCCAUCAACAUGACAUCAUCAACCGCACUCUGGCCUCGGCUGCACUCCGCCUCGUCGUCCCUCUACCUGGGGGAGGUGGUCGGGGUCAGCCAAGAGCCCCUGUACGAGGUGGGCAGUAUGGACUUCUCGGCUCUGGGCCCGGCCACUCAGACAGUCAUCGCAGUGAGCAUCUCUCUGCUGGUUCUGAUUGUUCUGCUUUUACUGCUUAUGAUCUACAGUCGCCAGCAGCAACACAAACAG